AUGGCCAUCGACUUUCAAGAGGAGCGGUACAGCUCAACCAAUUCCGAGAAGGAUGAUGUUAAGGUUCAAGAGGUACUCCAGACCAUCGCUGACUUCGACGAUCCGAACAUCGAUCGUGACGAAGCUGUCGUCGGAGUCCUUGAGGAUGAUUCACCAUAUCCAGAGGUCCGCAGUGCUGUAGCCAACACGGAUGAUCCGUCUAUCCCUUGCAACUCGUUCCGCGCUUGGGUCAUUGGUCUCGCAUGGGCCGUUUUGAUUGCUGGCUUGAAUCAAUUCUUUUUCUUUCGCUACCCAUCCGUGACCAUCUCGAGUAUCGCGGCACAAUUGCUUUCCUUCCCUGUGGGUCGCCUCUGGGCAAAGGUCGUGCCAAAUGUCCGCGUCUUUGGUAUUAAGUUGAACCCUGGACCAUUUUCAAUUAAAGAACAUGUCUUGGUUACUAUCAUGGCUUCCGUUGGUGGAUAUUGUGCGUACUUCGGUCGUACUGAUAUCAUUGCGGUCCAACGAGUCUAUUAUGGACAAACUUACAGUUUCAUUUACCAAUGGAUGGUGGUUAUGUCCACUCAGCUCAUUGGUUUUUCAAUCGGCGGUAUCUUGCGGCGAUUCCUCGUACAGCCUCCCUCGAUGAUAUGGCCUGCCAACCUCGUGACGUGUGCUCUUUUCAACACCCUCCAUUCGCAGACAUAUGCAGGUAUAGGUACCCGUGGAGGAAUUUCGCGUGAACGCUUCUUCUUUUAUGCAUGGUUGGGUGGUCUCCUAUGGUACCUUGUACCUGGGUACCUCUUCCAGGGCCUAUCUUACUUCUCAUGGGUAUGCUGGAUUGCGCCAGAAAACAUCGUGGUAAAUCAGAUGUUUGGGUAUGUGAGCGGAUUGGGAAUGAGCAUGGUCACAUUUGACUGGUCUCAGAUUGCUUACAUUGGUAAGUUUUCAACACGUCGGUGGGCCGAGGCAAAUAUCGCAGUUGGCUUCGUAUUCUUCUUUUGGCUCGUUGUCCCUUCGCUGUACUACACCAACGCCUGGGACAGCAAGUACAUGCCAAUUUCCUCGAGGACAUCGUACGACAAUACUGCCGCCUCAUACAAUAUCACCCGUAUCAUCAACUCGGAUGCCUCUCUUAACUUGACAGCAUAUGAGGAAUAUAGCCCUCUGUUCCUCUCAACGACUUUCGCUAUAUCCUAUGCCCUGUCGUUCGCCUCUAUCACAGCAACGCUCAUGCAUGCAUUCCUGUUCUUCAGGAAACAAAUAUGGGUCCAGAGCAGACGUUCGAUGCACGAGCAGCCUGACAUUCACGCCAGGCUCAUGUCCAAGUACAAACAGGUGCCAGAAUGGUGGUACAUGAUCAUUUUUGUACUCAUGUUUGUGAUUGGUGUUAUUUCCAUUGAGCUGUGGCACACCGAGUUCCCAGUUUGGGCCUUUGUCCUGUCCUUGAUUAUCGCAUUCUUUUACGUCAUUCCUAUCGGGAUGAUUCAGGCCAUCACCAACCAGCAAGUUGGACUGAAUGUUAUCACUGAACUAGUCGUUGGAUACGCUCUUCCUGGCAAACCUAUUGCAAUGAUGAUGUUCAAGACCUGGGGAUACGUCACCAUGUACCAAGCGCUCACCUUUUCUUCCGACUUCAAGCUUGGUCACUACAUGAAGAUUCCUCCACGGACCAUGUUCUGGGGUCAAGUCGUAGCUACUGCCAUCGCAGGCACUGUACAGCUCGGUGUGCAAGCAUGGAUGUUUACCAACAUUCCAGACAUUUGCAACCCUACUCAGAAGGAUGGCUUCAUCUGCCCCAACACAGAAGUCUUCGGAACCGCCAGCUUUAUCUGGGGGGUCAUCGGCCCACAAAGACAGUUCUCGUCAGGCCAGGUCUAUCACGACCUUGUAUAUUUCUUCCUCAUCGGCGCGUUUUGCCCGGUCGUCGCAUGGUUGAUCUCGUUGAAGUGGCCAAAUAGCUUCAUCCGCUAUGUCAACUUUCCUGUUAUCUUCAGCGGUAUGGGGGCCAUUCCCCCAGCCAGUGCGCUGAACUACGUCCCAUGGGCAAUCGUUGGAUUCAUUUUCCAAUACGUUAUCCGGCGUAAACAUUUCUCUUGGUGGACGAAGUAUAAUUAUGUCCUUUCGGCUGCCAUGGACUCUGGUUUGGCCGUAUCCAUCAUCUUGAUUUUCUUCUGCCUCCAAUAUCCAGACAACGGUACAAUCGGACUGCACACCAUCCAAACGUGGUGGGGCAAUACUGUAUUUUCGAAGACGGCUGAUGGACAAUAUACGGCGCUCUGGACUUUACCAGAAGGUUCUACUUUCGGUCCGACGACGUGGUAAUUAUUAGUAUGACGACGUGAAAUCAUGUACGAGAUCUAUAUAUCAUAUGAUACACAUAUAAGUUCUUGACAAAUCGAAUGAAUGGUUU